GGAGAAAAAAAACUGCCCAGACUCUUCGGAAAGUAGCUUGCUAGCCGAAGGACAGUGCGUGUGUCUGUCGGUGUUCGAGGUCUGACUUUGUCGUCUUUUAAACUGUGUUUUACGUUUAUCUUUUAUUUUAAGGCAAGUCAAACCACCACAGAUUCGUUUGUACACCUGCUUUUACGAGCGCAACCAGCAGUGGAAACGUUAGGCGUUUUUCCUCAGGCGGGAAUUGGUGAAUUGACCCUCGAAAUGGAUAUUAGCUAGCUAGCUUGUUCGCUAACUUCUGAAAAGCGACUCGCUAGCAUAAAAGGACCACAGCUUUCAGGUCUUCUUGUGCGGUCAAGUUAGUUCGUAUUAAGCUGUCAUUUGUAAAACUAUCCUUUGUUUUCUUACGUACCUACUUUAAAACUCUUUGGCUGACAUUGGCCUGGAGGAUAGAAAUUAACUUUAAGCAAGCCCACCAAGUAGAGAAGAGGUAAGAGGUGUCCCGUCUCCUUGUCUCCUCUCGUCAUUCACAAUGAUGUCGAACCCGCCGGUAUUUCCGAACCCACAACAGCAGCAGGCUCUACAACAACAGAACAUGCAGUUCCACGUCAAGCCCACCCUUCAGAUCAAGAAAAACGCUAUUACAGAUGACUACAAGGUCACAAGCUCAGUACUCGGACAGGGCAUUAAUGGCAGGGUGAUCGAAGUCUUCCAGAGGAAAACUGGAGAGAAAUUCGCACUAAAGAUGCUGCAGGACUGCACCAAAGCCAGGAGAGAGGUGGAGCUGCACUGGCGAGCCUCGCCGUGCUCGCACAUCGUCCGCAUCGUCGACGUCUACGAGAACCUCUACCAGGGGAAGAAGUGCCUGCUCAUCGUCAUGGAGUGUAUGGAUGGAGGAGAGCUGUUCAGUCGCAUUCAGGACCGCGGGGACCAGGCUUUCACAGAGAGAGAGGCUUCUGACAUCAUGAAGAGCAUUGGGGAGGCCAUUCAGUUCCUCCACGCAAUUAACAUCGCACACAGAGACGUAAAGCCCGAGAACCUUCUGUACACCUCCAAGCGGCCCAACGCCAUACUGAAGCUGACGGACUUCGGCUUUGCCAAAGAAACGACGACGCACAACUCCCUCGCCACGCCCUGCUACACUCCUUACUACGUCGCCCCGGAGGUCCUCGGCCCAGAGAAGUACGACAAGUCCUGUGACAUGUGGUCACUCGGGGUCAUCAUGUACAUCUUACUCUGUGGCUACCCCCCGUUCUACUCCAACCACGGGCUGGCCAUCUCCCCCGGUGAAGCGACGUAUUCGCAUGGCCAGUACGAGGUUCCCCAACCCCGAUGGUCAGACGUCUCGGAGGAAGCCAAAGGCCUCAUUAGAACCCUUCUGAAGACUGAGCCCACUGAGAGGAUGACAAUCACAGAGUUCAUGAAUCAUCCCUGGAUCAACCAGUCGAUGGAAGUGCCUCAGACUCCUCUCCACACCAGCAGAGUCCUGAAGGAGGAGCAGGACGCCUGGGAGGAGGUCAAGGAGGAGAUGACAAGUGCCUUGGCCACUAUGCGUGUGGACUACGACCAGAUUAAGAUCAAGACCAUCAAGGACUCCACAAACCCUCUGCUGAUGAAGAGGAGGAAGAAGAUCAACACCAGCCACCUGCACAGAGAAUACAGACCCCGACACACAGACCCCUGCGCUCUGAAGAACACACACACACACCCACCUACCUGCAGUCGGUCAGGCUGAAACACACACGCUCUAAAGAAGAGGACAUGCAUGCAUACACACACACACACACACACACGUAUACACACUUACCUUUAUUCUAUAGAAGAAGGAUAUGCGCGCACACACACACACACACACACACACACACACACACUAUGCAUAUGUACGUACAUGGAAAUCUUUUAAGAAAAGGAAGCAAUAACUCAACUAUAUCCUGGGAAAUAGACUGCAUGAGUUUUAUGAAAAUGCCAGGAUAUGAAGUUUUCCCCUACAAAUGUUUAUUUUUUUUUUCCUUUCUUUAUUUCUUUCUUUAUUUUUUCUUUAAAAAAAAAAAUGUAUUUCUUUUUAUGACUCCACUGUUCUAACUAAUCAGCCACUGUGGCAUUCUGGGAAUGCUUGAGGGUUCACGUCCUGCAUCCUGCUGAAUUCUGGGUAAGGCAAAGGAUCAGGAGCUAGGGAGAAACCCAUGCAGCAGACUUCAUUUGCUUUGUGUUUUUAGAGUCCGCUUUUCCACAUUUUAUCAAUUUCUUUGUUGUAAGGGUUGUUAGCCAGACCCAGACAGACAGACAGACAGACAGACAGACAGA